GAUUUGACAAAACAAUUUCACGUCCGCAUUUCCCCCAACCCAUUCUCCCCUCCCGUCUCCCUUCUCUAUCUGACUAUCUCGCUGAAUCACAGAGUUGAAUCGCCUGUUUCUAAACCCUAACUCCUCAAUCGCACCGUCGUAGCGCUCACGCUGUCUCUCUUUCAACUCCGAGAUUCCAAGUAUCUGAGCUUUUUCGCUACUCCGCACUUUUUUUUUGUCGAAAACUUUUUACGAAGCCUAGCCAGCCAGCUAGGGUUCUUGCUGUUUUGUUAAAGUUCAGCUGCAAGCUGGCUAUGGAUUACGGGGCGUACGACAGCAGCGGGACUGAUGAUGAUCUUCCUCCCUCACAUCAAAAUAGAAUUCCUAGAGGAGGUGGGCCAGGUGGCCGCAUUGCUGGUAAUGGAAGAUCUGCUGUCAUGGCUUCUGUCCCUUAUCCUAAAAUGUAUGGAGAAACUGAUAUGGAGGCUCAAAUCCACCAGCUUGAGCAAGAAGCAUACAGUUCAGUUCUGAGGGCCUUUAAGGCGCAGGCCGAUGCCAUUACUUGGGAAAAGGAAAGUUUGAUAACUGAGCUUAGGAAAGAACUGAGAUUGUCAAAUGAAGAGCACAGGGAACUUCUUGGCAGAGUCAAUUCUGAUGAUGUUAUCCGAAGAAUACGGGAGUGGAGACAGUCUGGUGGGCAUCAGCAAGGAAUGAUCAACACUGGUCAAGCCGUUCAUGAUCCAGUACCCAGUCCUUCAGUUUCAGCUUCUAGAAAGAAACAGAAAAUGCCCCCUUCUUUACCAUCUCAAUCCUUUGGUGGGCCGUCAGCCAGUUUUCAUCCACAAGCAGUGGCUACACAGAACCAGCCAUCUUCAUCAGCUGCAAAGAGAGGGCCUAUGAUGGGGCCUAAGGGGAAAAAACAUAAAUCUGGCCAGAUGCUGCCUGGAAGUAAAAUGCAAUAUCCUCCAUCUGGUCCUUCUGGAAGAGGUCAGUUUGGUAAUCGGAUUUCUCAACCUGCUGAGGGAGGUUCAUAUGAUCCAUUGGUUGGGAGGAAAGUGAGGACUAGAUGGCCUGAUGACAAUAAUUUCUAUGAAGCUGUCAUUACUGAUUACAACCCAACUGAGGGACGACAUGCUCUUGUUUAUGACAUGGGCACCACAAAUGAGACAUGGGAAUGGGUCAACCUAUCAGAGAUUUCUCCAGAGGAUAUACAAUGGGACGAGGGACCUGGCCAUGUAGUUAAUAGGGCUAUUGGUCGGGAUAGUGCUCCAAGUCUAGGGAGAGGUCGGGGGUUGACUAAAUCUCAAUCUAGAAAGGACUUUCCACCAUCACAGAAUGGUAUUGGAAAGAAAGGCAUGGAUGAUAUUCAGUUACUUCACACGGAUACAUUAAUUAAGGAGGUGGAGAGGGUAUUUGGUGUCAGCAAUCCUGAUCCUCUAGAGGUUGAAAAGGCAAAGAAAGUGCUUAAGGAGCAUGAACAAGCACUUAUAGAUGCUAUUCAAAGGCUAGGAGAGAUUUCAGAUGGCGAAAGUGAUGAACGUGGUCAUUUCAUGCAUGGGCAAGAAUGAUGACGUGAUGACCUGAUGGCAAUGACUAGCAUUGUAGUUGGGGGGAACUAUUUAAACUAAUGGAGCAGGGAUAUAUCAGGCUUUUGGUGGGUUUUCCAGUGUUUAAAAUGGCAGAAUGAAUGUUAGGCAUGUUGUAUGAUGCCACCUUCAAGUGUCACUGUACUAACAAUGAUCCUUUUAGUGUUAGGGUUGGGUGAAUAGGUCAACUUGAAGAUUGUUUUCUAUAGUGGCUGUUUAGUGCCUUUUGUAAAAUUGUUACGGUAGAGAUUAACAUGUGAUGGUGUACAAAUUUAUUUUUUAUUUUUGGUUUAUGUUGACAAAA